ACAGAAGAAUCGAUUUCAAAUGGUUUUAUCAUGAACCCUGUAACUGGAUCCAAUCCUCCUGCUGUUGUUGCAAAGAAGAAGAGAAACCUUCCAGGAAAACCAGAUCCUGAAGCUGAAGUGAUAGCCUUGUCCCCGAAGACUCUGAUGGCAACCAACAGAUUCUUGUGCGAAAUAUGCGGCAAGGGUUUCCAAAGAGAACAAAACCUUCAACUCCAUCGACGAGGCCAUAACCUCCCAUGGAAGCUGAAGCAAAGGACGACGAAAGAAGUGAGGAAGCGCGUGUAUGUUUGCCCCGAAAAGACCUGCGUCCAUCACCAUCCUUCGAGGGCUCUUGGGGAUUUAACCGGCAUAAAGAAGCACUUUUAUAGGAAGCAUGGGGAGAAGAAGUGGAAGUGCUCCAAGCGAUACGCUGUGCAUUCUGAUUGGAAAGCUCACUCGAAAACCUGCGGCACCAGGGAGUACAAAUGCGACUGUGGUACCCUAUUCUCAAGAAGAGAUAGUUUCAUCACGCAUAGGGAUUUCUGUGAUGCCUUGGCCGAGGAAACAGCUAGAGUAAAUGCAGGUUCCGGCAUGCAUAGCUUGGCCGCCGAUAAUUUCAAUUACCAACUUAGGGGGAAUCCACUAGAUACAGGGAUCCCACAACAUUUCUCCACUGUUUUCAAACCAAUUUCAAGCAAUUAUGAAGCAGUAGACCAAACUAAACCUGGAUUUUCCUUGUGGACGGGGCAAGCAUCUCAGGGCCAUGACUCAUUUGGUUCUUUGAAUCCGGGAUUGAUAUAUGGAGAUCCGAUGGUUUCGAUAUCGAAUCCUCCUGUAUCGGAUUAUCAGCUAAACUGGGUGUUCGGAAACAAGGUGCCACCGAGUAAUGCUGAAGAUCAUCUGCUAAAAUGCACUUCACUUCCUUUGAGUAAUGUCAAGGAAAAUGGACCUCAGUUUGUGAUUGUUCCUUCAUUGUUCAGCACCCAACACCAGUCUCAUCAAACACCAGUUUUCAGUAUGUCUGCCACAGAUUUGUUGCAGAAAGCUGCCCAAAUGGGUGCAACAUCGACCGACACGGCAUUCCUAGGAAGCUUCGGGACAAAGUGUAGCAACAGUCUAGUUCAAGAUGGGAACAAGUACAGUGAUCUGUAUGUUUCAAACACGCCAACAACGACAACCCAAGGAAGAGAUUUAGUAAACUCAGCAGACGAUAUUUCCACUUUGAACCAAUUGCAAAUUUACCCCGUGAAACGCCGGCGUAUGCAGAAUGAAGACGGCGGAGGAGGAGGAGAAACAAGAGAUUUUUUAGGUGUUGGAGUAAAGGGCAUUUGUCACCCAUCUUCAAUCAAUGGAUGGAAAUGAUAUUUGGCACAUGAAAUUUAAUGACUUUGCAGGGAAGAAAAGUGUUACUAGAGAAAGAACCUACUGAAUAGAUGAAGGAUGAGAUCCAUGCAUAUUCUCUUCAACCUUUGAAAGCCAACUCAUCCCUUUUAAAAAAUUAAGGCUUUUUAACUUUGAUAAGGGGGGAUGUGAAGUAGUGGGAACAAAGCGAAAACGAACCCUUUUGGAGCUCCAUUAUUGCAUUAAUUGUUUCAUCUCUAUUGUGGUUGUUGUCCUGUCAUGCUAGAUUAAAAAAUAUUUACAUAUCCAUAAAAUAAAAAAAGCUUUGAUUAUUCUAGCUAUUUA